AACAAGUGUGACGUGUCGAGGUCGAACCCAUUGCUGCACCUUCAGCUGUUGUAUCGUACAGAACCGUGUAUUUAUCAGCUAAGAGUAUUGCUGUAUACCCCCCAGUGUUACUAUACCCAUCAGCUGCGCUACCCUAUUAUACCAGGACUACUCGUCUCAAGCUGUCAGACAACAUGCCGCACUACAAGCUCAAGUAUUUCGAUGGCAGAGGUAGGGCUGAGACCAUCCGGAUGUUGUUCAAGCUCGGCAAGACUGAGUUCGAAGACUCACGGUGCGAAUCGGACGAGUGGCCACAGAUCAAACCAACCAUUACAACCAAGCAACUUCCCGCUCUGGAAAUCGACGGCAAGCAAUACAACCAGAGCAAGUCCAUCAUAAACUACGUGGCAAGAACGUGUGGUCUCUUUGGCAAGAAUGAACUGGAUGCCCUGUGCAUCGAUAUGGUGAUUGACACCAUUGAUGACGCGGUGCCGCCAUGGCAUGUUGUUUGGUAUUCCACCAACGAGGAGGAAAAGGCGAAAAACAUCAAGCAUUUCAGCGAGGUUGAGAUUCCAGUAAUCUUUGACCGGUUGGUAAGCCUGUUGGAGCUGGACCACGCAGGGGACUUCUUCUUUGGAAAUAAGAUAACAGCAGCCGAUGUACAUUUCCUGUGCAUGGUCGAGGGUGUCGACAUCUACUUUACCAAUUCCUUGGCCAAGUACCCGAAGCUGCAGGCCGUGUUCGACCGCGUGGCGGCCGACCCAGUCAUCGCCGAGUGGCGGAAGGUUCGCCCCGUAACCGACUGGUGAUCAGAUUGCUAGAUCAUUGCCCUUUUCAAAUCCACGGAUUUGGCUUCAGGCUCCAACCUCUCACCUUAAGUACCGAGCGCGAAUGCAAAGCACGCGGAAUUAACAGUCAAAACAACCGCGGAGCCGAGUCUGGAGAAACCGUGAUUCCUAAAAGGGCAAUAGAUGUGACGGCGUGUCGGUCGCUUUACAAGUCUCGAUUGACGUCGCUGGUUUUUGCAUUUGUGACUGGUAGAGGGCGCAACACGGACUGUUUUGGAUGCCGACUCGGAUGUACAUGGCAAUUACUUUAAGAAUUAAUUUUUUUCAAGACACUUUGGGGCUAAAAUAGUUAAUCUAGUGUGAUUACAAGUAAAUGAAACACUGAAGAAAAUAAUCUGCAGUUACCCUUUCCUUGCAAUUUAGGAUCAAAAAUAUGAAUUUAUGUUCACCGAAUUAGUAUAAUGAUGAUGCUCAUGGUGAAAAAACUUCCCUGAAAAUAUUUGUGUAUGAAAUAAUAUAGUUUUUGAGAAAUGAAUAAAACAAUUUACUUUUA